AAAUACCGGCUCAAAGUGGACGGAGUUGCCGAAUUUGCCCGCCACUCGACCAGAUGAAGUGUUGUGCGCUCUGGCCAAAAAUAAUGGGGACCCGCUGGUGAUCGUGGAUGGAUGGACACAUAACGAAAGGACACAUCCCACCCACAUCUUCCACGUUGCCAGCCAGACAUGGAGCAAUGCCCAAGGAGAUGGGGAAUACAUCUUCCCCUUUAGCUCCGGAUUGUUUACCCAUGGACAGACAGUUCUGUCCGCUGCUGGUUACGUAAAAGGCGAAGAUGGGUCGAGGCAGGUGAACAAGUGGAACCGUGCAUUUGAUGUCAACACGGGUAACUGGUUAACCGUGGGAAACCCAGUUGAUAGUGUGGGCGGAGCGGUUCACAUCCCACUGCCCAAAAGCUUUGGGGCCUGCAAACCUAAAAAAUAGGAUAAUGUAGGAAAUAUCCCCGACAGUGGCCACACAUCUGGAUAGUUUUAGGAUUUUAUUGCAAGAAGAAUUAAGCUGGAAAUAUAUAUUUGUUGGAAUGUUAUAUUAAUGUA